ACUUAUUCCCGCUUUUCCUUGGCAAUCCAUUCACUAAAGCUGCGUCGUUUGGGUUUUGUCUUGCAAAAUUCUCCACUCCUGGAGUAGUAAAGCUGUACCACUUCCCUCACGGAUUUCCAUUUCUCACAGUAAAUAAAAAAAAAAUGAGCUCCGACGACCCGAACCAACCCGGUCUCGUGAUAACUGUGACCGAAUCCAUUCGCUUGUUUCUUCUCGCAGCCUCCAAUGACCGUCGUCUCUCUGAAGAACUCCGAGAACUCGCUCUCACUCUUUCCUCAGCAGCCAAUGCACCGUACAAGCAGAUCCGAAGCAUAUGGAUGGAAUCAGCUUUUGACACCAGGCCCGAAUUGAUUUCUCUCUUCUCCGGAUCUAAUUUCGUUUUCACCAGUCCAAAACCCAGAGAGAAGAGCGAAGAAUUAAAGGAGAGAUUAAGGAAGCUUAAAGAACUAGCAGAGAGGAAAGAGUAUCAAGAGCUUGUUAAAGAUAUCACGCCGAAGAAGGAUCUCAAUGAACCUUUCUCUACUUAUAAGGAUCAAAUUGGCUUUGGUUUACAUGUUGCUCUGACAAUGUUUACUGGGUAUUUGGUUGGUUAUUUUGCAUUCAGGGCGUUGUUUAACCACAGUCCUAUCAUGAAUUCUGCUGGAGGUAUUCUUGGAUUGGUUUUUGGCAUGCUUCUUGAAACUUUUUUGUUCAUUAUUAGGACUUCAGAGCCUAACCUUAAAUCGCUGUCCUCAACUUCGAGAUUGAAGAAAAAUCAAUAGAGUAGCUAAGAAGAGUAAUUGGCAUGAAUACAGUCAUCCCCAAAAUGUAUGUGGUUCCUUUUAAUUCCUUCCAGAUUUGACUCCAAGAGUGAGAAAGACUGUCUAAGCCCCCAAAACAAGGUAUGUUCACUCAAAUUUGCUACUGGAAUCCAUUUCUUUAGAUAGAAAUCUAUGAUGUAUAUUUCGGACCUAGUGUUCUUAGCUCGGUCACCUUUACAAAAGUUAGACCUUAUCCUUGUCUUAGAUGGAAUGAUGGUAGACUAGAUUGUGACAUUGUUAAUAGAAACUAUAAUUUUUGGUCCUUGAAUUUGACAGCUAGAUUUAUUUUGGUAUCUAUAUCUUUUUUUUUUUUCAUUUUGGCAUUUGAACUUGAUAGCUAGAUCCAUUUUGGCUCUUAAAUUAGAAAAAAAUAAAAGUUUGAUGAUGCAGAACUCUGAGAUUGAGCCACAUCAUCACUUGAAAAUUAAAAAAAUUAUAUAAAUAUUUAGGUGAUGACAUGGUACAAUUUUAAAGUAUCACAUUUAGUAUUUAAUAAAUCGUACUAAUGGAUGAACAAGUUAGACCACUGAUACUUGAUUUAACCAAUUCGACUGGUUUGACUGCCGGGCCAACAAUAAUUAAAUAAAUAAUUAAAAUUUAUAAAAAUCUAAAAAAAUAUUAAAUUGGUUCAAGCUAUUCAAUUGUCGAUCCUUGUCUUGAUUUUCUAUUUUUACCAAUUUCAAUAAGUUUUUGAGUCAACCAGUUCAACCUUUUUGUUCGGACCGUUAUAUCGAUCGGUUCUUGAUAUAUCCAAUUUGGUCCUAUUCCAGUAACAUUGGUCACAUUUUCAAAUCUUGACAAAAUUCAAGUUUAUUGAUUAAAAUGGAUCUAGUUGUCAAGUUGAGUGAUCAAAGUGAGAAAAAAAUAUAUAUCAAAGUAGAUUUAAUUGUCAUGAUUAGAAGUCAAAUUUUAUAUUAUCAGUAAUGUGGGAUAGCCUUAUGCUUAUAGUCCGGCAAGCUUUAGCUCAAACUCUAUAUGGGCUAAGCUUUGCCUUGAUGAUAAAUUGUUUUGUAAUUUGGUUCUGGGCUUUUAAGUCCAUAGUCUUUAUUUAGGGUAACGAUUGUAAAGGAGAAGACUGAAUUCACAGGAAAAAUAAAUAUAGGAACAAGGGGAAGAGGAUAAUAAAUCCCAAAAGGUUAGUAUAUC